AGAACUAUUAUGGCAAAAUGUAGAAUCAUGUUUUAAUCGUAGAAUUAGUACUGGUAAUAUAGUAAAUUUAAAAAUUAAAGAUCCCAAAUUAUUUUUUCAAAAGGCGUUUAGAAGUUUUUCCAUUCAAAUUAGAAAACAAUUAAAAAGAUCAUUGUUAAAAGUAAACGUUGUUUUAUGCUAUUUUCAUUAAACCGCAAGAUGGAGAAACUUCUGUUUAACAUUUUACAACAGAAAGUGAAAUAAUUGAUUUGAACACAAAUUUAAAGGAUUGGUAUAAAAUGUAUUGUAGCGAUAGAAUUUUAACAAAAUUUGAGGAAUUUCAAGAAAGGGACAGUGGAUGGGCAUUGUUAAAAAUUUUACAUUUAAAAUUAAAUAUUAAUAAAUAUAAUCCUUUACAAGGAGGUAUUUCAACUUAUGUUGAUUUACCACCUUUUAUAAAAAACACAAAGAGUGUUAUUAAUAUUAAAAAUUCGGAUCCUUUUUGUUUUCUUUGGGCAGUUGUAGCAGCUAAAGAACCAGCUGCCAUAUCUAAAAAUGUUGUAAGAACAUCAUCCUAUAGACACUUUAGCAAGGUAUUAAAGUAUGAUAAUAUUAAUUUUCCAAUGGACAUAAAAGAUAUUCCAAAAUUUGAAAAUUUAAAUAAACUUGCAAUAAAUGUUUUUUCUGUAAGCAAAAAGAAAGAAAUUUUACCAUUAGUAGUUAGUAAAACAAACUUUCAUCCACGUAUUAAUUUACUUAUGAUAAGUUGUAAUAAUGAUACUUUAUAUAAUGCUGAUGAUAAUGAUAGCAGUAGUGAUGAAAAUGAAAAUUACAUUAAGACCAGCACCUUUCAUUUUGCUUACAUUAAGGAUUUAUCAAAAUUAGUUAGGGGACAAAUGAGAAAUUCAAAAAAUCGUAAAUGGAUUUGUGAUCGAUGUUUAAAUCACUUUAGUAGCUCUACUUAUUUACAAAACCAUUUAACAGAUUGUUGUAGAUUGGAUAGUGAAGUCAAAUUAGUAGUACCUAAAGAAAUAAACAAAUUUAUGAUGUUUAAAAACUUUAAAAAUGAAGAACUUGUACCUUUUGUUAUAUAUGCUGAUCUGGAAAGUAUUCUUGUAAAAAACACAUUUGAUAAUAAUAUGCAGAAAUCUUCUAAAUCACAUAUAUCUAACAAACAUGAAGCUUUUAGUAUUGCUUAUUAUUUUAAAUCAAGUUAUGAUGAUUCCUUGUCAUAUUUUAAAAAUUUCACAGGUCUUGAUUGUCAUGUGUGGUUUGUAAAAGAACUAGAAAAAAUUGCUAAAAAAAUAAAGUCUUUAAAUUUACUUCAAAGAUAUCUUAAGUUACCUCCUUUAACUGUCAAAGAAGAGCAUGAUUUUAAUUUGUCCUCUGUUUGUCAUAUUUGUUCUAAACCCAUUACAAAUAUAAAUGAAAAAGUAAGAAACCAUUCACAUAUUACAGGUAUAUUUAUGGGCGCAGCCCACUCGUUAUGUAAUAUUAAAUAUCAAACUUCAUACGCAAUACCUGUAGUUUUUCACAACUUAUCCGGUUAUGAUAGCCAUUUUAUAAUUAAGGCUCUUAAUUCUGAAAUUGAAGGAAAUAUAACGUUACUUCCAUUAAAUCAGGAACGAUAUAUUUCCUUUACGAAAUACAUUAAAGGUACAAACAUUAAUUUUAGAUUUAUAGAUUCUUUUAGAUUUUUGUCUGAUAAAUUAGAUAAAUUAUCUUCUUAUUUGGAUAAUGAACAAAAAGUUAUUACAAAGAAAUAUUAUAAAGACAUUUCAAAAUUUAACUUGGUAACACGAAAGGGAGUUUUUCCUUAUGAAUAUUUAGAUAGUUAUGAAAAAUUACAGGACACUUGUCUUCCAUCAAAAGACAAGUUUUAUAGUCAAAUUAACAAUGAGGAAAUUACUGACAAUGACUAUGCACACGCAUCGAAUGUUUGGAAGACUUUUAACAUUAAAAAUCUAAAGGAAUACGCUGAACUGUAUUUAAAGACUGACGUAUUACUUUUAACUGAUGUUUUUGAAAACUUUAGAACAAUGUGUGUAAAAACUUACGGAUUAGAUAGUCUCCAUUAUUACACAUUACCUGGAUUAGCAUUUGAUGCAAUGUUAAAAAUAACCAAUGUCAAAUUAGAAUUGUUGACCAACAUUGAAAUGGUUUUGUUUUUUCAGAAAGGAAUUAGAGGCGGUAUUUCUCAGUGUAGUAACCGGUAUGGAGCAGCUAAUAAUAGGUAUAUGGGUAAAGAGUACAAUCCACACUUACCAACAUCCUAUUUGAUGUACUUUGACAUAAAUAAUUUGUAUGGUACAGCUAUGUGUGACUUUUUACCGUAUGGUGGUUUUCAAUGGAUACCUCUUUCGGAAAUUUAUAAAGAAAAUAUUAUGAAUUGUCCUGAUGACAGUGACUAUGGUUACAUUUUAGAAGUGGAUUUAGAAUAUCCAAAGGAAAUUUUUGAAUUUCAUAAAGAUCUCCCACUUUGUCCUGAGCAUUUAAUUCCACCAACUUCUAAUUCAACUAUCCCAAAAUUGUUAACUACAUUGUAUGAUAAACAGAAAUAUGUUAUUCACUACAAAAAUUUAAAACAGUCCAUUCGAUUAGGAUUAAAAUUAAACAAAAUUCAUCGAUGUUUAAAAUUUGAACAGUCUCAGUGGUUAAAAAAAUACAUUGAUAUAAACAUUGAAUUAAGAAAAAAAAGUAAGAACGAAUUUGAAAAAAAUUUAUAUAAAUUAUUUAUUAAUGCCCCUUACGGCAAAACUAUCGAAAACGUUAUGAAAUAUAAAGAUAUUAAGAUGGUGAAUAGAUGGUCUGGACGAUACGGGGCAAACUAUUAUAUUUCUCAACCAAAUUUCCAUAGCUGUACUAUUUUUGAUAAAAAUACCGUUGUAAUUGAAAUGAAAAAACAAAAGAUUAAUUUUAAUAAACCAAUUUUCUUGGGUAUGUGUAUUUUGGAUAUAUCUAAGACUUUCCUCUACGAUUUUCAUUAUGACUAUGUAAAGGAAAAAUUUCAAGAACGAGCAAUAUUGCUAUACAGUGACACUGACAGUCUAAUUUAUAAGUUUAAUAUUGAUAAUAUUUACCAACAUAUUCGGGAUGACAUACAUAAAUUUGAUACAUCUGAAUACACUGAAAAUAAUGCGUAUAAUAUUCCUUUAAGAAAUAAAAAAGCUUUAGGAUUAAUGAAAGAUGAAAACAAAGGACAAAUAAUGACCCAUUUUAUUGGUCUUAGAUCUAAAAUGUAUGCUUUUAAACCACGAAUCAAUUGUCCCAUUGUUAAUAAGGAGAAUCUUCUACAAAUUAAAGAAGACGUUGUUACCAAUUGUAAAUCAAAACAUUUUCAACUUUACCAGGCACAACCUCAAACAGAAGAGGAUUGGGAUGUUAUGGAAAAUAAUUACCAAUAUUUACGGUGGAUGGAUGAGUGCACUAACAAGUACUGGAAUUGGAUCAAAUUAAACAUGUGGUACAACGUUAUUACAUUUAAUUAUUACUGUCAAACGUUAUAA